CCUGUGCAAAGUCCGGGCCUGUGCGCCGACUUCGCUGCACGCCAAAACGUCGUGAUCAAAAUUAAAAAGAAGUCUGGUUUCCCACUUUUCAAGUUCCACCACGACAAUAACACAACUACUGCACUUCCUGUGCCUUGAGCUUCACCGGCAUUGCAUUGGCGUCGCGAUCGACACACAAACGCCCCCUUACAAGGCUGGCACAUUGCUUCCCACGUGGUAAGGUGAACAACUGACUGUCAACAUGCGGUUUUCCAUCGACGGCUCAAAUGAGAAGAGCCACGCCUACAAUGAUUCCAAUGGUCUAGGGACCACUCAAGCACAUUACGAUCCCGACUUGGCUCAUCCCGCCGCAGCGUACAUUGACAACCAAGUCGCUACUCUUCCAGAUGGCGUUUCAGAGAGGAAACUUCUCACCAAGAUCGACCUGCGAGUCAUCCCCGUGCUCUCGGUUCUCUAUCUUCUCGCUUUCCUCGAUCGCACCAAUGUCGCCAACGCCGCCGUCUUCGGUCUCCAGAAGGAUCUCGGUCUAUCGGCCACUCAGUACUCGACGGCCUUGACAGUCUUCUUUCCUCCCUAUGUGCUUUUCGAGGUGCCUUCCAACAUCCUUUUGAAGCGAUUCAAAGCACAUGUGUGGCUUUCGGGGUGUAUGUUCAUGUUUGGGUUGGUGACCGUGUGUCAGGGGUUGGUCCAGGGAUAUGGAGGCUUCAUCACCACUCGAUUUUUCUUGGGACUGUUUGAAGCCGGAAUGUUUCCAGGAUCUUUCUAUUUGAUCGGCAUGUGGUAUAAACGCCACGAAGCGCAGAAGAGAUACACUUUCUUCUUCGCCAGUACCACUCUCGCAGGCGCAUUUGGAGGUCUCCUCGCAUCGGCCAUCGGAAAAAUGAAUGGCAUGAGAGGCUAUCUUGGCUGGAGAUGGGUUUUUAUUCUUGAAGGUGUUCUUACAUGCGUGGUGGCAUUUGCCUGCUUCUUCCUCAUUCCGGAUUUCCCCGAAGACGCGAAAUGGUUGACCGAACAAGAGCGAAUGUACGUCAAGGCACGACUUCAAGACGACCAAGGAAAAUCGGCCAUUGAACGACGUAUCACCUUCAAGGACGUCGUCAACUGCUUCAAGGACUACAAGUUCAUCUUGGGUUGGCUGAUGUAUUUUGGCCUCAUUGUUCCAGCAUACGGUUAUGCCUACUUUGCGCCUACAAUCAUCAAGAGCUACGGAUACAGCCCGAUCCAGACCCAAUUGCACUCUGUCCCACCAUGGGCCGCGGCGUUCGGGUUCAGCAUGCUGGUCGCCGCCUUUUCCGAUCGCCUUCGUCAUCGCUUCCUCUUUGCGCUUGUCCCCAUCUUCAUUGCCAUAGCGGGCUUCGCCAUCUUGAUGAACGUCCACCACGACACGCACACCGAAUACGCCGGGUUGUUCUUGAUCACUUCGGGCACGUAUUCGGCCAUGCCCAUCAUAGUGUGUUGGUUUACCAUGAAUCUGGGUGGUCACCAUCGUAGGAGUGUUGGAUCUGCUUGGCAAAUCGGUGCUGGAAAUAUCGGUGGUAUCAUUGCGAGUUACAGCUUUGCAGCCUCGGACGCCAAGACCUUUUUCCACAAGGGUUACAGCAUCUGUAUCUCCUUCAUCUGCCUGAGCGCCGUUUCCUGUAUCCUGUACUUCAUCGCUUGCGUCUCGCAGAAUCGAAGCCGCGCAAAGAGCCACGACGUCGGACUGACCGAGUACGAAAAGACCGAGAUGGGCGACAUGUCUCCGGAGUAUCGAUAUAUGCUUUGAGCUGCUGAAAAUCAAUCGUGGGAAUGGUGUAGAGUUGAUGUGGAAAGAGAGAGAACUCCAGGCUUCGGCUCCUCAAUGAGGAAGUUUCCCCUUCCGUCCACCCGAGGACCUUCUCUGGUCUGUGAAGAUUGUCAACAAUGGGUCAGGUUUUGGACACCUAGUAAAUUGGGUGAAGGGCCGAUAGGACGCAAGGAGGAGGAGAGACAGAGUAAGGAAUAUCCCCCCAUGGUACUCGGUCCGGCCGAGUUGCAAGGACGUCGGUUGUACGUACGUGUGUCGUGACUACUUGACCGCGGGGGACCGGUCUACUGUACCUACAGUAUCUCAGGGUAGUUAUCUAUCCCAUCUGUCUUGUCCUACAGAUAUAUAUAUCCCAGAGUCUACAAUGAGACGAUCAUAUCUCGUUACAGAAGCUACUUCGAGAUGUAUAUAAAUGACAAGAAAUGCUUUCUCU